UAAGACAAAGUGGUAAAAUACAGGAUUCUUUUAAAUGACAGAAAACAGUGCUGCCAUCAGUAUCGAGACUUCCAACUAUUUGAUGCGUUAAGACGUCUAUGCUCAUACAUGCACCAACACAUUAAAGAAUAGCUUAGUCGUUGCAUUACAGAAUAUUAAAUUAGUCGUGUGUAGUAUGAAAGUACAACUGCCACAUUGCCUUAUAAAACAUGGGAGAUAAAGAGCAUCAUGUGCACUUCAGUGGAGGAAGUAGCCUCGGGAAAGACAACAAUAUUAUGGUACAACCGCAACGACAUGGACAGAUAGAUGCUCAUCUCGGAUUUCUACAACUUUAUCACAGAUACCACGUAGAAUUCUUGAUACCUUGGAACUUGUGUACACAUAAGGAACGGAAGAAUUCCGUACCGGCAAUAGUUACCGGAACUCACAACCCUAAUUGCCAUAUUGUAGACUUGAUGAGUGAAAAGGAAAGCCUAAAAUUAAAAAUAGAAUUGCUAGCAUAUAAAGAAAAGAUCCUAAAGGAGGAGGUACAAAUAUUGUGCUGUAAGAGUGGAAGUCCACUGAAGAUUCAACUGAACAGUCGUGUAUUGGGACAAGACAAGGGCAGACCAUUGUUACGGAACGGGAUACGCAGUGUCGGCGUGGAGCAAUCAAACGAAGAUGAGGUGCUGGGUACGAAAUUGAGGGCAUCUUUAAGCAUGCAAAGCAAACAGAGUCUCUGAAGAAAUUCCGAGAUCGAUGCAUACCAAGAAGCGCACGUAUCCAGUCGAGGACGUAUAAUGUAACAGAGGAUAAAACUUGAUACACGAGAACGUUCCUUAUUUCGAAAUUUAAUCAUGCAAAACGCAGGAUUGCGUUGCAGUGAAAUUCGUCGUUGCGGUCAAUUAUCAAUGAUCACUGUUUUAAUCGUAAAAAAAUCACAUGUGCACGUCACGUUCAAUCUCAAGCAUAGCGUAAGCAAUGUUUUAUCUAUCAAGAUUAAUUUAAUUACACAGCCUGUUCCAAGCUGCACGAUAUAACUUUCGAAAUAUGCGAUGUUCAGUAAAAAAAGAAAGAGCUUUUCUUUGAAUUUAUUGCAACUGGUCUGAUUGUACAGACCUAUAUCACCACCGCAAGAGUUCUUUCCUCUUCUGCAUCGAGCAUUAUUAUUGCGAUAAUCUCGAUGCAAGAAAUUAAGUGUUCCUUUAAUCGGCCUUUUUUUUGAAGGAUCACAUCGAUAUACAUGUAUGUGUAAUUACGAGUUACCGCUAAGUACCGCAUUUGCCUACUGUUCCUUCUUAAACGAAAACGUAUCACGCAAUGCCUAUAUAUAUAUAUAAAUCUACUACAUCUUUUAAUAUCUAUCGUCGAUCUAUCCGCAAUAACAAAAUUGUAUUUUAUUAUCGUUUUACAUCGAACGUAGAUUUUAAACGAUAAGGAUAUAUCACUAAUCAAAAGUAAGUUUCGCAAUGAAUGACGAUGCUGUUUUCUAAUAUCUUGCUAAGCUGACACGAAUUAUUAAAAUGAACAAUUUCAACGAA